AUGUCCGACAACAACAACCAGCAGCAACAGCAGCAGCCUCAGGGCUCUCAGCCUGGCCUCAUUGGCAGUCACUACCAAUACGCCAAGGGCGCAGCCGAGGCCACCGUCGGUGUCCUCACUGGCUCCCAGGCAUGGAAGGCUUCAGGCGAACAAGACAAGGCAGCAGGUCUGGCGGCGCUGAAGAAGGUUGGAGAGAUGAGGGAGCAGCAAGACCCUAAUCAUGAGCACGGCUACGGCAGGGCCGAGGAGAUUGCGGGCAGGGUCACUGGAUGCCAGGGAAUGGAGCGGGAAGGCCACGCCAGCGCUCACAAGAAGCAGUAG